AGUUUUAUACGUUCGUGCUUUAGGGUGACAUAUAGUAUCAUAUUAACUAUGCGAGAGAAGUUGAAAUAUAUUGUUACACUUAUAAGUGUGAGCUGCUGCAUUGCAUUGUUGGUUCCCGUUUCUGGAAACUCUGCAGUAACAGAUAAUACAGAGAUAUCCGGAAGCACUUUGAGACAAUGGUCGCCUUGGAGCGGUUGUAGCGCGUCUUGUGAUAAGGGAACACAAAUGCGAUGGAGGCGUUGCAACACAGGAGAGAACUGCUCGGGUACAGUAGAGCAGACGAGGCAAUGUCAUGAACUUAUUUGUCCAUCAUAUCUUGGAUAUCCUCGUCUACACUUUGCUGGUCAUUUAGUCGUUGACACGCCAACUUCAAAUAACUUUCGUUGUUUAUUUAAUGCCAAAGCUUUUUGUCCAACGUGUAAUACCGAGCGCUAUGAGAGUGUUAUGUCGACUAUUUUAACUAAGAAUGGUCCAACAUUGCGAAAACACUACUUCGCCCCCCUCCAAGCAAAUGCAAUGGGUACAGGCCACUUUUAUUUCACCGAAGCUUUUACGAAGUCAGUUUGUUGGGAACCUGGGAAACCAUGUUCGAAAUCGGAUCCGAUCACGAAUCGGGCUGUGGGUUACACAGUUCCAGGUCGAAUGGUAGAUUUGGAUCCAGAUUGGGAAACUGCUCCUGAGAUGGUGGGAUAUGACUUACAUAUACCAGGUGUCUUAACUGGGACUUGUUUGAAUGGAGCAACAAUUAUGAUAAACAAACGAGUGGCGCAUGGAAGGGGUGACACGGCAACCAUGGGAACAAUAAAAACAAAGAUUGUUAACAUUAAGUGGUUGGAUGGUUAUUACAAGAACAAGUUUAAUAAUUCUACAAGUUUAUCACUCAUAUUCUAUAUGGAUAUAUUUUCGUACGCCACAAGUCGUGGGCGGGUUGUUGGGACAAUAGGAAUGACUUCAGAUGACGAUCCGAUAAACUUCUACGGAGGGCGAGUGAUGCGGUGUAUUCCUCCAACAUUGAAACGGAGAGUAAAGGAAUCAAGGGAGAUCCCUUUUAGCUUUGAUAGAAAAAAUAAAAUCGUCGUAUUGGACAUGGGAAACGGAAUAAGGUCAGCUUCAAAAGGAAACUUUUCGAUAAAAUAUUUGAAGCAUAUAGAUUUAGUCGUGUACCCGGAAUCUGUACACAAGGUUUGCGGGAAAUGGGAUAUUGAGUGUUUGUCGAGGUUUAUUCAUUGUGGUGCAGAGAAAUCGGUGUUCCUUCUUACGAGUGGUGGUAAACUGGAUUAUCUACAAAAGUCUAACGACUGGUACACAAAAUAUGGCGGAAUAGUCGAGGUUUCACUGAAGCACUUGAAUGAUCACACGUUGAACUUAUUGCUGGACAAUCGAAUCGGUCUUGUUAACCGUUCGUCUGUUGAAGGUGAUCAUCCAUCGACAAGCAAGAAACCUGCUUAUACAUUAUGUGGAGUGUUCCCUUGGUUGUGCAAAUCAAACCCAAACGUUUCUUGCAAUUUCGUUUCCCUAGAAGAUCCUUACGGAAUAAAUUUUAAGCCAACUGAAAGAUUUACGAACCGUUUAAGUCGCGGUGAAACAUGGAACAUUACAACGGUUACUACAAGCUAUGGUCGACCAUUAAAAGGUGGAGAGAUGGAAUUACGUUUAAUUAACACACCGCAUGCUGUUCAACAAUGUCAUCUAGACAACGGGUCAUCAUGUCCCACGAGGUUGGCGGUCCCAAAAAGUGUUUUGAAAAUAAGCGAACCAACUUUAAGUGAUAAUAAUGGACUUGCACAGUUGUCGGUCACAGUGAUGAGAAGUCCCGGAAAUCCUCGAAAAUGUGGCAUCGAUGGACAACUGUACGCUGCUGGUUUAAUCGCCAAAUAUUCUCCGCCAAAUGGAGGGGAUAAAGUAACGAUAGGCGACGGCGGAAUGUUCACUAACGGGUUAAGAGGUCCACUGAAUCAACGGGCAAAGAAGCAAUGUGGGCUUGAUAUUGUAAAAUCGACCCAUAAUUUUGCGUUCCGAGUUUUUAGUUCCCUCCCCGCCUCUGUUAUGCGGAAAACAUGUCCGACUUGGGUUGACGACAUCAGACCUAUCUUUCAAUAUUAUUAUAAUUUAUUUCCAGUGAUGCAAGAUCACGACAUCAUUAACUUAAGGGAUAUAAACGACGUAAGGCGGCAACUGCACAGAGUUAAUAUGUCGAUGUUUGAAUACGACUGGAGUCAUCCCAACUUCAUGCCGACCACUCGUGACCUUUCACCUGAUAAGACGGAAAUCGUAAGGAGGUGGCUCGAAUGUGAGAUGAAUGGAACACCUGAGAAACCUCGCGUCGAAAAUAAAAAGAAUCUAAAAACGGUCAAAACGUCAAUAUGCGGAACACGGGAAAAUCUUCGAGCCACAAUGGUGGAUAUACGAAGUAUUCUCCAGAUGGGUAUUUGGCUUGAACUAUAUACAAUACCACCUUACAUGACAGCCAUGUUUUCACUGAAACGAGAACUUGUACAGGACGUUUAUACCACGCUUAAAAGUAUUGCAACGGAGGAAAUGCUCCACAUGAUCCUAGAUGCCAAUGUUCUUAACGCUGUGGGUGGCAAACCAAAUACAACGGAUGCUCACUGGCUACCAAACUACCCAACUACAUUUCCAUCUAUAGAUUUCUAUCAGAUAAACCCCGGCUUAUGGCUUACAUUGGAAAAGUUUUCAACUUCGAUUGUGAAAGAAGUUUUUAGUGAAAUUGAAAAACCUUCGCCACUGGCGGUCCAGGAGGCACUUCUUGAUAUUGCUCUGCUGUGGCGACAUCUACCGGAUGACACAGGAGGUCGCAUGAAAUACUUGGAGCAGGGUGGCGCAGAAAUUUACUACGAUUCAGCUACAAAAUCAAACACCACCGGACCAGUGUGGCUGCGCAAUGCUGUGUCAAGGGAAACUUUCCCUGAGGCAUUGGGAGAUUUUGAUCAAAAGAAUUCAGACUUUUGGGAAUCUGUGUUUCAAUUCGUGACAAACCAGUUGGAUGGACCUGAGAUCGCAGAUGUUUACACCUUUGGAGGAUUCUACGCUCACGCCAUGCUGCGUUUGAUCCAAGCAGAAGCCUGCGUUAAAAUGGAUUCACCCAACAACACUGUGUUUACCGGUGCCCCCACGAGACAGUUCGGACCAGAGCAGUGGUAUGUGACCAAGGGUCUGAGCAGUGCAACUUUAUUUCCCGUCCACGGUUUAAAAUCUGCGAUCGAAGCGCUCAUGGAAGUUGUAUAUGAAGGAGAAGGCGGCACAUCUUGUGCAUCGGUUGCACAGAAACAGGCAAUUACCCCAGCACCGUCUCCGAAAGAUAUUUCAAAAACUAAAACUCUUACUCACUAUGUAAAAUUCCAAGAAAUAGUUCACGGCAAACGCUUGGUAGAAGUUGAUGAGGUUCAACCACAAUGGCCAACUGAUGUCUGCUUUCAGAUAUCCAAUACAAUUUGUUCUUGUGUGAACCAUACCAGCUCUACAGUGAAUGACUGCCCGCACUUUUGCUACAUAGGGGAACCAAUGCAAAUUGCAAAAACUGACUCAGUGUGGCCAGGAAUAUUUCUUCAUUUGAAAAAGUUGAAAAACGCCACUGCAGAAGCCAAAUACCAAUCCCACAAGUUUAAUGCUGAGUACACGAGUUUGCUUCAAUGUUUAGAAACCGCAAUGAACGGAAAGCCAACAAAGAUGACAACGUGUAUGGGUGUUAUGUAUGAACUUUCAACUACCGGCAAAACAUUAGUUAAAAUACCAAUUUAUAAAAGUUCGAAUUCUGGUACGGUUUUGCCAACUUGGACCUGUUUGUUCCCAAUUAUAAAAUCUGGAGUAUUAUUUCGUAAAAUAGCUGAUCGAAAUUAAAUGCCACAUACCCAGUGAUUAAACGAUCCAGAACUGCCACAUACCCAGUGAUUAAACGAUCCAGAACUAGGUCAUCUUGCAUCACGGUACACUCCUACACUUAUACUGACUAACUGCCAAUCAACUUGUUCAACUUCUCUGGUUUAUAAAAUAUUGAACGCGUCGCUUCUUUUUUAAAUUUAGUCAUUCAUCGACACGUGUUAUGCUGCUAAUGGUUAAUGUAUUGUGAUAUAGAGAUAUAAAAAGUGCAUGAAAUUGCGAGAUAUCCGGUAAAUGACAUUGCAGUAACAUGGGAUAAAUAGCAACGCAGUGCAACUGGUCAUCGUGUUUGAACAUCUUUAACUUAAAUCACUUAUUCGAGAUGUUAACAUCGUCUUUAUAAUUACACCACCGCUAACACAUUCAAAAUGCUGGUGGAUUGUUUACACCAGAAGUUUUUCGUCUAUUCCCUCUCUUCCGUGUCCGAACUGCUCGAGGAAAAUGACGUAUUUAAUGACGGAGUACUGACGUAAUGAGUGACGUCAUUCGGGGAUUCCCGGACUGCAUCGUUGGAAAUCGCUUCUUCUGCUUUUUGCGAGGACGAUGAUAACUUGAGUUUCUCAUUCGAUCCUGAUGAGAAUGAUGACGUAAUACCGUAAUGACGUAUUUGCUGGCAGGCUGACGUGGAAGCGUCGAAGUUCAAGCGGGGAUUCACCUUCGUUGCGUAGCGCACCGCCGCUGCUAUGACGUGAUUGGGCGUGCUCGUUUGUGGAGGCUGAUUGCUGAACUGGGUAAGAGUGAAUGAAGUGUGUGAAGAAACCGAGAUGUUGGCUUCUUGCUGCUCGCGAGUCGCCGAUUCGGCGAUAAGGCUCGUCUGCGUGUUUGAAGUGUUGAGAUGUUGACGUAUAUGAGGAGAUGAAAGAUGAAGAAA